GCGACAAUCUAUGAUUCGCAUCAAUACUCGGUUUUCACAAUGACCUGACUCCGCCUCUCCAGCGGGAAACACAAGACUGAGUUUCUCACUUCGGUCCGGUGGCACAUUUCAUGUUAAACGGACCAAACGGGAGUGUGUACGAGCAACUGCGCGUCUACGGGGGAAAACAACUAAGCACAUCUGUGUUGCCAAGGUCUUUUCUAGCCCGAACGAUGGAUAGCAAAUGUGAAUGGCUUGGCUCUCCCACGCCCUCGUGUUAUUUGGAAAAUGCCACCGUGGAGAAUUCCAGCAUGGGUCAAAUCUACGAAGUAAUGCUACAGUCGACGAACACAACCAAGCGCAAUCCACAGUUUGUCGGCGUGGAGCUCCUUCAGUCCUUUAAACCUCUCAUUAUCCCCUGCUAUGCUCUCGUGGUCCUGGUUGGAGUUUUCGGUAACUACUUGUUACUAUACGUCAUCUGCCGUACCAAAAAGAUGCACAAUGUCACUAACUUCUUCAUCGGUAACCUGGCGUUUUCCGACAUGCUGAUGUGUGCCACCUGCGUGCCGUUUACGCUGGCAUACGCUUUUAAUCCUCGAGGGUGGGUGUUUGGAAGAUUCAUGUGCUACCUAGUGUUCCUCAUUCAACCCGUGACGGUGUACGUGUCGGUGUUCACGCUAACAGCUAUUGGGGUGGACAGAUACUACGCCACAGUUCAUCCUCUGAAGAAACGCAUCUCAGUUCUGGCCUGCACGUACCUUCUUUCUGGGAUAUGGAUUCUUUCGUGUGGUCUGGUAGCUCCAGCCGUGGCUCACACCUACCACGUUGAGUUCAAAGACGAAGGCUUCACCAUCUGCGAGGAGUUCUGGAUGGGUCAGGAGAAAGAGCGACUAGCCUACGCUUACAGCACGCUCUUCAUCACAUACGUUCUUCCACUCUCCGCCCUCUGCAUUUCCUAUUUGUGUAUUUCCGUAAAGCUUCGGAACUGCGUGGUGCCAGGUCAUCGUACCCAAAGCCAAGCGGAAGCCCAGCGGGCGCGGAAGCGGAAGACGUUUCGCCUUGUGUCGUUGGUUGUCGCCGCUUUCGGGAUCUGCUGGCUGCCGAUAAGCGUUUUUAACGUUCUUCGAGAUAUCGAUAUAGACCUUAUCGACAAACAUUAUUUUCUGUUGAUCCAGCUGUUGUGUCACUGGUGUGGAAUGAGUUCCUCUUGUUGUAACCCUUUCUUGUACGCGUGGUUGCACGACCGUUUCAGGGCGGAGUUGCGGAAGAUGUUUACGUGCCAUCGGCGAAUCGGCAUCGGGAUACCGGCUAACAACUGCGCCACGGCUAGUGUUGUUCUCUGACAAGGAAAAGUUCAAAAGAGUCGCUUGAAAGACCGUGGUAAUCGCCGAGACUAGCAGAACGUUCGAGUUAGAGGAUUCUGGAAUGGAAAGUGUUGCACAUCAGAUGGACACAAACAAACUCUACAUCUACCAUAUAAAACACAGAAGAAAGUGGUUGGAUUAUGCCUAAAGGUUGACCAUAUUUUCUGUGAUUUAGAUAUGGAUUACAGAGGUGGUAAUGCUCUGCUUGGUUUCAAUCCGGUUUUAGAUGUUUGUCUUGGGUGUUGUCAAACAGAGAGGGUCUCCGAGGAUAAGAAGCUAAAAGACAGUUUUUGAUAUAUGCAGCUUUCAAAAAAGUGAAAUACUUCAGCUUUUGAGAUUGAAGUAAGGAUUAUGUAAACAUCUCUCAGAUGGUUAAAAAAAGAGAAAGAAGCUGGCAAGAGAAAGUGCAUUUUGAGAAGUCUCACUAUAUGUAAUUCAAUGAUUUUGUAAAAAUGUAUGUAUGUAACAAUGUUGAAUUAAUAAACAACUUGUGA